UGACUACCUACUGGGUAGGUAGUGAAAGUUAACAAUGUACAACAGGGCAAGAGUUUGAUAAUCACGUUACCUUUGUCACACUCUUGUUGUCGUCUGAGAUAAAUGAUGUAAAUAACUACUUCUGGGAAUAAGGUUUUAUAUUCUAGUUUGAAAUUUAUGUAUUAAGGAUACACUACCAGCUUUCUGUAUGAGGCUGGUGGUUUUUGUUAACUUUUUAUCGGUUAUUUGAAGAUAUUUACACCUCUCAAUGUAGUUCCAAGCUUCAAAGCUUGGGAUGGAACUGAUUAACUUCCGAUGAUUUGGAAUAAUACUAUGAACAUAUCUCAAAAGACUAUCUCAAGACUAUUUAAAACACUUGGAAAAUUAUCAUAUCGUCAAGUUAACACAUUAUCAGAUGAUAUAAAUCAGGUAGUUCUGUUAGGUAAAGUGACUUUUUUACAUUUGAGUGAAAGCGCUAAUGAUAAAAAUGUCUAUGCAUCUAUUGGGUUAGUAACGAAAAAUAAUUAUAUGACUGCGAAUGGAUAUUCAUCUACCUUAGCUUUUCAUACUGUGUUUGUUUUCAAGCAAUCAUUUGUGGAUAAAGUUAAACAUUUAACUAAAGGUGAUCGAUUAUGUAUUAUUGGUCAAUUGAACUCUUAUUCUAAUCCUAAUGGUUAUUGGCGUUCUAGUGUUACAGCUGAAAUAGUGAGUCCACUUACUGGAUUAUCAACAGUUGAUACCGAUGAUGAUGUUAUACAAGCUGAAAAAGUUGAAGAAGACGAAGAGAUUUUAACAGAUGAAAUGAAUGAUAAAUUUGAUACUGAAAAAUAAUACACUUCAGUAUAUAUAUAUAUAUAUAUAUAU